AUGAACAAGAAUUAUCAAGAGUCUCCACCGUCGUACCAAGCUUAUCGGGAAAAACCUUCUGCUCCUUAUUCACCAUUAAUCACCUAUGAAAGACUAUCAACAGACGAGAGAAUCGAACAUAGUCGGACCCUGGGCUACAACGAAGCAGAUUUGGCUAUGAUUUCGGAUCAAAAUCUUCGGUCUGUUUCAGUAGGUCAUGAGCCCGUACAAUGUACUUGUUCGAACUGUCAUUCCUCGGUCGUCACCCUCGUAAAGCAAACACCAGGGUUAUUAGUAUGGCUUCUCUGCCUUCUUAUAAUCAUUGUCGGCUGUUGGCUUGGCUGCUGUUUGAUACCGUUCUGUGUACGUGGAAUCAAAAAUACUCAACAUUACUGUCCAAAUUGCAAAGUAUUAAUUGGUGAAUAUCGUCCGUUAUAA